GCGGAAGAAAAAGUAGUUCCCACCAACCGCGUAUCAUCACAUUACUCUAACUUCCGCGUUGUUGGUGUUUUUUAAAGCAUUAUGAUUUCUCCUUUUUGUUUUCGAAACUUACCUAAUAAAAUAAUGUAAUAGCCCGUGUUAUAAUGCUUUCGACGUUUAUUGUCCUCGGUUACGUCGCUGCCAUCACGAUACCAACGCUGGGUUGUCGGCCAAAGGAAUACAUGACAAGGGAUGGACAGUGCUGUCCAAAAUGUCAGGAAGGCACAGUUGUUCGAAAAGACUGUACAGCACAGUCAGGCACAAGCUGCAGCCCAUGUGACAAUGGGACGUUUAUGAACCUACCCAACGGAUUGAGCAAAUGUUUCCCCUGCACAUUCUGUGACCAAGGUCAUGGUCUGUUAGUCCAAAAGGAGUGCACAGCAACUAGUGACACACAUUGUGGUGUUUUACCUGGGUAUUAUUGCAGUGUUUUGGCAGAAGAUGCAGGAUGUAGUACGGCAGUGAAACAUUCUCGCUGUGACGCUGGUCAGAGGAUAAAAGAACCUGGUACCAGCAGAAAUGACACAGUGUGUGAACCCUGUAAGUUGGGCUAUUUUUCCAAGGAUGGCGUGAACUGCACAGCCUGGACCAAUUGCUCAGAAGCUCAAGUAAAACUCAAAGAAGGAAGUAUGACCAGGGACGUUGUCUGUGGCUCUGCUUCAAGAAACCAUUACUGUGCUAUAUCUGUAUUUUUAUUAGCUAUAGCUGUUGCACCAGUGAUCACAGCCAGACUAACAUCGAAAAAAAUAGGGAAUAGGUGACUCAGUGUGUGUUGGUGUCUCGACCAAAUUUGAUGGGCAGCUCAGUGUUACCAUGAUUUACGUUGAUGGAAAAAAAACCCUUUUAACAAUGUUAAAAAAAACAAAAACAAUGGAAGAAACCUCAGGAAGAGCCACAGAGGAGGAGGGAUCCCUCUUCCAGGAUGGACAGACAUUAAAUAGAUGUCACAUGUACAGAAAAGUGCAAGAAAUCACAGUUUACAAGUUACAUUAACAGAAAGUCUGAUACAAGUUGCAUGUAAAGUGAGUGGAUCCUGGAGACAACUGAGCUGGACGAGGCAUCACCAAGUGGUGCCCGAGCCACACGACCUCCUGUUCACCAGGAAUUUUGAGAGCGUAAUGCCCGAGUUGGAAUAUAUGGUGUCAUGAGAUCUGACAUGUACAAUGGGGCAAUGCCGUGUACAGUUUUAUAUGUCAUCAGAUCAAUGUAGAUCAGAGGAGAACAAGUGUUGGCUGAUUUUUAUUGACAGGUUGUCACACUCUACAGUCAAUGCUAUCGUAAACAGCGUGGGCAGGCCGGACCAAUGACAGCGUAGUGACCCACUCAGGGUGGGAUCCAAACACGGAGCGGUGCUAAAGUUUAGUUGCUUAACUAGCAAGGAGUUGUCACGCUGCUACGUUAUCAAUUAGUUUUUGAGUUUAGUCAACACGUGAGAACUCGUCUGACAUGGAGAGUCUCCUGUUGUGUGCUACAUGUGUGAAAUAACAACUAUAGUCUGGACUUUGUCUUUGUCUGCCAUUAAAAAAAAUGUUUUUUAUAGUGUACGUAAAUCAUUAACUGUUCAGGCUUUGUAUGAAAACCCAAAUGUUUGGAAAAUUCUGACUUACUUUUUCAAGGCCAGGAUAUGCUUUCAUCAAGUAAACAUUGACAAAAGCUCGGUUUUGAACAUAAUUAGUUUUCAAUUCAAAAUCACUAUGUAAACUAAUAAAAAUCUUAAUAUAUGAAAUUAUAAGAUCAUGUUUGCAAUAAUGUAAUUCCCAGAGGCCUCACGUCAAUUUAUGAUUGGUUUUUUAUCAUUUUUUAUUGUAUUUUAUAACUCCUUUUUUUCUUUCUCAAAUGUAUUUUUCUACUUACAGGUAAUACCAACAAAUCUGUCAAAUCAUGUAUUUGGCUUGCCUGGCUCCACUGUUAAUACAUAUUUAUUUUCUCAUGUAGACAUAUAAUGUUGACCACAUGAACAUGUCAUGCACUAACUAACUAAGUUAAUAAUGAUUUUCCUUUACUAGUUACCAUCGAUUACUGUUCAUUAAGUCUUAACAGAUACAGAUGUUUGUACCAUAAAGAUAAUGUUACCAUUUUAAAAAAA